AUGUGCAGCCGCAGGAUUACUCUGAUAGUGAAAGAAAGAUUGAUCGAGGAAGGCCACUGUUGGAAGACAGUGCCCAAUGAAACUAAGGAGUUUUAUUGGCAGGAAUUCAAGAAAUACUUCAUAUGGGACCAAGCAAUUGACAGCUUGGUAAAAAUUGCAUGGCAGAAAAAUGCAGCUGAGCGAUACAGGGGCUUAAUGUGGGAAAUCAGGAAAAGAAAGACGAAGAAUCUUGCUACACCAGAUUCUGUUUUGAGGAAGUGGCAGGAAACUUGGAACACUUCUGAUUACAAAGAGAAGUGUGAUAAGUUUUCUGCCAAUAGGCACAGUGAGGCUGGAGGGUCAGGAUCUGGCAUUUCCAAGCACGCAUGCAGAUCUGUUUCACAGUAUACCCACCAGCAGAGGAUGAGAGAAAGACUAGGCAGAGAACCACAUCCUCAUGAGCUUUUUGAGGCCAUACAUAAGAGAAAGGGGACGGACGAGUUUGUUGAUGCUAGGUCAAAAGCUAUUUAUGAGGCUGCAACACAGCAACAGGAGGGAAGCAAUGAGCCGACGCCCAUAAAUGAGGCCCAACUGUACUACGAAGCAGUUGGCAGGCAGAAAAAGAGUCGAGUUUAUGGAUUAGGGUCCCAGGCUUCAGCAUAUUUUCAUGAGCCAUCUCAUUCUUCCUUUUCACACACUUCUGCACCCCCAGUGGAUCCUCCUACAAUUGAAGCAAUGAACAUGAUGCAGAAUAAAAUUGAUCGGCUAGAGAUAGAGAAUAGUCGAAUUACCAUAGUGCUGGACGAGUUACAGACGUUUAUGCAUAGGAUGAUGUCACAACAGGGUAUUGGGACAUCCACUCAGUCAUCUGCUCCUAGGGAACCUCCAGCUCCGUCUCCACAGUAG